AUUUACCAUGAGGGAAACCGCUUGGUCUUUUACCGUACAACCUCCAAAAGCUUUAAGUUGAAUCACUUGACACCAUUUCUAUUUAUUCGGCCUCUUCAAUUUGCCCCCAAAAUUGCUGAAACCACAACUUCCCUCCAAUACGUAAGCAAAUUGAACUGAAGAAUUAUUUUACUGAAGCUCGGUCUCGCUGUUUGUUAGCAAUCUGAUGGAUCAACGGAGUUAUCCCAAUGGCAAAGCACAGCAGAUUACUUGUUUGAUACAAGACCUCCAACAAAGAUUGCAGGGCUCACCAGUUCAUCCACAGCAACUAGCAAUCGCACCGCUGAAUUUGCCGUUUCAGCUUUCCUUUAUAGGGAGGAUGCAGUUUCGGAUGGCUGUUCUUCCAAUUCUACUCAAAGCAGCAGUGAAGCAGAAGAAAAUUAUUGAAGAGCAGCAGCUUAAUUUUAAGAGACAGAUGGAAUCACAAAAAGAUUUGCAGCUAAUGUUGGAAGAAUCAGCAGACAUGUACGCAGGCUUGGAAUUCGAGUAUGAAAAUAAGAAAGUGGAAUUCGAAAGUCUGAAGUACCGGAUUCGUAAGCUUAUAUUCAGUAGUGCUUCCAUUCUAGGGUCCGUAAGAGAUUUGUUGCAGAGGGAUAGAGAUCUACCAGAGCUAACGGCACUGAUGCAGAGUAAAGAUUUUCUCUGUGUAUGUCAAGGAAUCAUUGUGGAGGCGGCCACAGAUCUUUUAGAUUCUUGCCACCAGCACAACACUGAAUCAAUGUCUGCGACCAUAUUAUUACUGCAAAGAAUAUCUGAACUUCCAGACGGAAGGAAUACACUGAUCGAGCUUGAAAUGGAUCAUAACAGAGAGAACCAAAAUGACAGGAAAACACUGCUAUGGGCACUGGUCGUACUUUUCCGCAAACAGUCCAGUUGUCGCCAUAACAUAGUCAUGAUUAUGUUGACAUAUACAAAUUCCAAGGACGGUGCAAGACUUCUCAUUGCGCAUCAACUAGACAAUGUUCUUGUUUCUAUGCUGCAUUCUGAGAUGGACCAAGACAUCAAGGAGAUCAGUGUUGACAUUCUAUGCAGCCUUGUUAGUCUGAAUGACUCCAGAAUUUAUCAAAACCUUGAAAAGAGAAGGUUCUGUGAAGAUAAAGCGUAUGGCCGACUAUCUUGCAGGGAAGAAAGUGCAGAAAGUGACGGACGCGAGCAGCGGACAUUUUUAUUAGGGAAAGACGGUGAAAGCGAAAACAAGGCGAAAUGCGUGAAUGGCGAAAUCGAACGGCAGAAAAUCUUCUGA